AUGGCGCAGGACGUGCCGGAGUUCCUGAGCCAGAACCCGCGGGCGGCCGCCUGGGUGGAGGCGCUGCGCGGCGACGGCGAGACCGACAAGCACUGGCGCCACCGCCGGGAGUUCCUGCUCCGCAACGCGGGCGACCUGGCCGCCGCGGAGGAGGAGGAGGAGGCGGCGGCGGCGGCCGGCAGCGGCGCCCGCCGGCGGCAGCUGCAGCAGCUCGUCUCCUUCUCCAUGGCCUGGGCCAACCACGUCUUCCUCGGGUGCCGGUACCCCCAAAAAGUUAUGGAUAAAAUACUUAGUAUGGCUGAAGGCAUCAAAGUGACCGAUGCUCCAAUCCAUACCACACGAGACGAACUGGUUGCCAAGGUGAAGAAAAGAGGGAUAUCAAGUAGCAAUGAAGGGGUAGAAGAGCCAACGAAAAAACGAGUUCUGGAAGGAAACACCAGUUCUGCAGUUGAGCAAGAUAAUGCAAAGAUUUCUGCCAAAACAGAACAUGCAUCAGCUCAGCAGGAAAACAACUCGGUGUGUGCAGGGUCAUCUACCGAACCAGAGAGCGGCGGGACGUCCGCCCGGAGCUUCGGCACCUCCGAUCAGAGCAGCUCUACCAGUGAUGGCGAUCAGCCUGCGUCCAGCCCGAGCAGCGCCUCCUCUCAGGUCACCGCAGCAGGGGCUGGCAAGGCUUCUGAGGCAGAAGCCCCAGAUAAACACAGUUCAGCAGCAUCCAUCGUUUCUUCGUUGUUGAGAUCCAGUGUGAAUAGUCACGGGACCCAGUCCACUGAUUCCAGUCAACAAAGUGGAUCCCCUAAAAAGAGUGCUUUGGAAGGCUCUUCGGUCUCGGCCUCCCCAAGCCUCUCAGAGGUUGAGGUGCCACUGUUGGGCUCCUCAGGAAGCGCAGAAAUAGAGUUGCCACUGUUGUCUUCUAAGCCUAGUCCAGAGACAGCUUCAAGUGGGUCAACUUCCAAAGCCAGUUCAGAGGCGAAUGUUUCACCACCGGUUUCUAAGAACAGUUCUUCCUCGGGCACAUCCUUACUGACGCCCAAGAACAGCACCCCAGUAAAUACAUCAAUGCUCACUUCCAAAAGCACUUCGCAGGUAGCUGCAUCGAUACUAGCGUCUAAGAGCAGCCCACAGGCCAGCGGAUCUCUGGUUUCCAAAAGCACUUCCUUAGCAGGUGUGUCCCAACUGGCUUCCAAGGGUAGUUCUCAGACUAGCACAUCCCAGUUGCCUUCUAAAAGUGCUUCCCAGUCAAGUGAGAGUGCUGUCAGAUUCUCUUACUGCAAGUUAACCAAUGAAGAUGUGAAACAGAAGCAGCCCUUUUUCAACAGACUGUACAAAACGGUGGCGUGGAAGUUGGUGGCCGUUGGUGGCUUUAGUCCCAGUGUGAAUCACGGUGAGCUCUUAAACGCGGCUAUUGAGGCCCUGAAAGCAACCCUGGAUGUGUUUUUCGUCCCGCUGAAAGAACUGGCAGAUCUGCCGCAAAGUAAGAGCUCCCAAGAAAGCAUUGUUUGUGAGUUGAGAUGCAAGUCUGUGUAUUUGGGCACUGGCUGUGGAAAAAGCAAGGAAAAUGCAAAAGCGGUUGCAUCAAGAGAAGCACUAAAGGUAUUUCUCAAGAAAAAGGUGGUAGUCAAAAUAUGCAAAAGGAAGUACAAAGGCAGUGAAAUAGAAGACCUGGUGCUCCUUGAUGAAGAAUCAAGGCCUGUGAACUUACCUCCAGCAUUAAAACACCCUCAAGAAUUACUAUAA